CUGGGCAUGCUACCUAAGCGCUCAGUAGCUCAAUGUGAAAGGUGCAGAGAUAUAUGAUUCAUCCUCUCAGCUAGGCUAGCUUCCGUUGCUCUGCGAAUCUCGCAUUCGUUUUCCCGGAGCUCCACUUCUUGCAGUCGCGCUACCACUCGCAUUUAGGAAACCCUAAUCACCACGACCUAGACUCUAGUCUCAGUCGGUUCAUCCAUCGACUCAUCUAUUGAAUCAUAGCAUCAAUCCUUUCCCGCCAUGGCGUCUAAAGAGGCCGACGCGCGGCUCGCGUACAUGACGAAGCGCGAGUCGGAGAUCCGCCUACCGCGCGCCACGCGCGUGAAGAACAAAACUCCCGCGCCGGUCCAAAUCACGGCCGAGCAGAUCCUCCGCGAAGCGCGCGAGCGGCAGGAGGUCGAAACGGCGGCGCCGAAGCAGAAAAUCACCGACGCGCAGGAGCUGGGGGAGUACCGGCUGCGGAAGCGGAAGGAGUUCGAGGACUUGAUUCGGCGCGUGCGGUGGAACACGAGCGUGUGGGUGAAGUACGCCACGUGGGAGGUCAGCCAGAAGGACUUCGCUCGGGCGCGAUCGGUGUGGGAGCGAGCACUGGAGGUGGACUACAGGAAUGUGUCCAUAUGGCUCAAGUAUGCGGACAUGGAGAUGCGCAACCGCUUUGUCAACCAUGCACGCAACGUGUGGGACAGGGCCGUGUCGCUGCUGCCCCGCAUCGACCAGCUGUGGUACAAGUACAUCCACAUGGAGGAGAUGCUGGGGAACGUGGCAGGGGCGCGCCAGGUGCUGGAGCGGUGGAUGAAGUGGGAGCCGGACCACCACGGGUGGUCGGCGUACAUCAAGUUCGAGCUGCGCUACGGCGAGAUCGCGCGUGCGCGUGCCGUGUUUGAGCGCUACACCAUGUGCCUGCCCACUGUGAAGUCCUGGAUCCGAUUUGCAAAGUUCGAGGUGAAGCAGGGCGAGGUCUCCAAGGCCCGGGAGGUGUACGAGCGGGCAGUUGAAAUGCUCGGCGAGGACGGGCAGAACGAGGAGCUUUUCGUUGCGUUUGCCGAGUUUGAGGAGAGAAUAUGCAAGGAAACCGAGCGCGCGAGGGCGAUCUACAAGUACGCCCUGGACCACGUCCCGAAAGCGCAGGCAGAGAGUCUGUACAAAAAAUUUGUGGUUUUCGAGAAGCAGCACGGGGACCGGGCGGGGAUUGAGGAUGUGGUGGUGGGGAAGAGACGGUUUGAGUAUGAGGAGGAGGUAAAGAGGAACCCGCGGAACUACGACGCGUGGUUUGACUACGUGCGCCUGGAGGAGAGCGUCGGGGACACGGAGCGCGUGCGCGAGGUGUAUGAGCGAGCCAUUGCGAAUGUUCCUCCUGCUGACGAGAAGCGGUUCUGGCAGCGGUACAUAUACCUCUGGAUCAACUAUGCUCUGUAUGAGGAACUAGAAGCAGGGGACGUGGAGAGAACGAGGGAGGUGUACCGGGAGUGUCUGAAGCUCAUUCCACAUGGCAAGUUCUCGUUCGCCAAGAUCUGGCUCCUCGCCGCCCAGUUUGAGAUCCGUCAGCAGCGCCUCCCUGCCGCCAGGCAGAUCCUGGGCCAUGCGAUCGGGGUGGCUCCUAAAGAUAAGAUCUUCAAGGCGUACAUCGAGAUGGAGCUGCAGCUAGGCAACAUCGACCGCUGCCGCAUGCUCUACGAGAAGUACCUCCAAUGGCAGCCCGCCAGCUGUACCGCAUGGGCCAAGUUUGCUGAGCUGGAGAGGAGCCUGGGGGAGACGGAGCGGGCGAGAGCAGUGUACGAGCUGGCGAUUGGGCAACCACUGCUGGACACGCCUGAGCUGCUGUGGAAGGUGUACAUUGACUUCGAAAUAGCGGAGGGGGAGAGCGAGCGCACGAGGCAGCUGUAUGAGAGACUGCUGGAGCGAACCAAGCACGUCAAGGUGUGGAUGAGCUACGGGCAGUUUGAGUCGCAGGUGGCGGUGGAGGAGGAGACACGGGCGGAGGAGGAGGGCAGAGAGAUGGACGACCUCAUGCUGGCAGACCAGUCCAAGGAUCGGGUGGUCAGGGCCAGAGAGGUGUAUGAGCGGGCGUUUGAGCACAUGAGGACGAACGCCGCCGACCAGAAGGAGGAGCGGGUGAUGCUGCUGGAGGCGUGGCGGGAGAUGGAGAGGGGAGCAGGCGUGAACGGAGACCCGGGAUUGGUCGAGAAGAAGAUGCCACGUCGUGUGAAGCGCAAGCGGCCAAUCACGACAGAGGAUGGCACUCCUGCUGGGUUUGAGGAGUACUAUGACUACAUCUUCCCUGACGAGGCAGCUAACCAACCUAAUCUCAAGAUUCUGGAGGCGGCUUAUAAGUGGAAGAGGCAAAAGCUCACUAUGGGGGAUGAGGAGGAAGGGCAACAAGGCGCAACUGGUGAGGAGGACAAGGGUGAAGCUGGGGGAGGAGGGUUUAUCGAGAACAAGGCUGCAGCAGAUGCAAAUGAUGACUAGCAUCCAUCUUGAAAGACUGCAUAAUUUCGCAAUCAGUUCACUCAAGUUAUCAAAACGGAUGAAGAACACUCUUGUAACAAGUAUUCUGUCUCCUAGGUUUGCCCCAUUCCAGCAGCUACCGGAAGCAGCUAAAUGUAUUUUUUUGAAAGCGUGUAGCGCUUUCUAAAAAUGUGUAUUGUGAUCAGGGCCCUAGAUUGGUUUUGAGGCUUCCUGAUCCAUCAGGAU